AUGCUAACAAACAAAAGCAGCAGCAGCAGCAAGAGCAGCAGCAAGAGCAGCAGCAGCAGCAGCGCUCCGAGCAGUCGGCUGCAGCAACGCCUCGCCAGAGCUGCAGCAAGCCACAGCCUUUUCCAGCCGCAGCAGCAGCAGCAGCAGCAACAGCAGCAGCAACAGCAGCAGGAGUUUGAGUGUCUUGUGUUUGCUUCCUCGCUCGUGUUGCUGCGCCUAAAGAUGGAAGAAGCAGCACAGAGAGCUGUUGCUGCUAUUAAAGAAGGAGACACGGCAGCAGCGCAGCAAAUCUUAGGGGCUGGUAAGUAUGCAGAGGCCCUCCACCACUACAGCGAAGCCAUUACGGGCUACAAAUGCCUGCAGCCCAACCAGCAGCAGCAGCAGCAGAAGCAGAAGCAGAAGCAGAAGCAGGAGCAAAAGCAGCAGCAGCAGGAAGAAGAGUGGCGCGAGCAGCUGCAGCAGCUUCAUUCAAACUGCAGCGCCUGUUAUGCUGCUCUCAACCGAAAUGAAGAGGCCCUUGAGGCUGCGAGAGAAUGCAUUCGUCUUAAUCCCAAAUGGCCAAAGGGGUGGUAUAGAGCAGCGCGCGCUUUGUAUGGGCAGCAGCAGUACGCUGCUGCUCUCAAGGUCUUCCAGUGGGCCCAGCAGCAGCACAAGCAGCAGCAGCAGCAGCAGCAGCAGCAGGAAGACAGCUUCGCCUCUUGGAUAGAAAAAAGCAAAGACAAACUCGAGCAGCAAAAGAGGCGCAUGCGCUGCAGCACGGAUUACAGCAGAUUUCAGCAAGCGCUGAAAGAAGAAAAUGAUGAAGAGCUGGAAGCAGCAGCAGCAGCAGCAGUAGGGGAUAUUGAGGGGCCAUCCUUGGAGUUUGCCCCCACAACAUCUGAAGAGCAACGCCGCCAAAUAGAGGCCCUUCUGACAGGGACACCGGGAGCAGCUGUUUCUAGCAGCAGCAGCAGCAGCAGCAGCUUGUCAAAGCUGCUGCGCUUUGACCCGUCCGGAAAAGGUGCAGAGACACCGCGUGAUUUUGCUGCAGACUUUGAAGGGCUCGUCGCAGAGAAGGCUGCUUCUAAGCAGCAGCAGAAGAAGCAGCAGCAACAGCAGCAGCAGCAGCAACAGUUGCUGGAAGCGCAAACGGGUGUUGCGCUGUGCAAAUAUAUCCAGAUGGGGACAGAUCUGCGCGAAGCUCAGCGGUGCCGCAAAGCAGCAAACUGUGACCUUGCCACAGCCUUUCGCUUAGGGGCACAACGCACGGUCAAGAAUCUGCUGCGUCGCCGCAGUAGCAGCAGCAGCAGCUGCAGCAGCAGCCACAGCAGCUGCAGCACCAGAACGAGUAGCGUCUGUAGCCCUCAUGCGGACAGCACCAGCAGUCGCAGCACCGAAGACGGCGAUGACCAAACCAAGGAUCGCAUCAGCCCUGCCGAACAGCAGCAGCAGCAACAGCAGCAGCAGCAGCAACAGCAGCAGCAGGAGCAGCAGGAGCAGCAGCAUUGCCUGUUUGUGGGUAUGGGGGACUGUAGCUUGCUGCUGGAUGUCUCUCGCAUGAACGCAGCGGAACGAAGACAGCGAGCAGAGGCUGCUGCUCCCCUGUGCCUAACUGCACUCCCUUUAUUUUCAUCUCCUGCGCUGAUGGCGACGUACGCCGCUGUGCUGAGGGCGGAGAACGCGAUGGAGGCCGCACGCAUCUUGCCUAUUAGCCCAUAUCUUUUGCUGCAGCAGCAGCAGCAGCAGCAACAGCAGCAGCAGCAGGCUACACAGGAACAUGAGGGGGAAGCCAAGGACGAGAAGCGUGCGUCAGAAAGCAUGAAGAGAGAUGUGGGUGCUGCUGCUGCUGCUGCUGCUGCUGAGUUACCGCAUGGCAGCAGCGGCAGCAACAAAGACGCCAACAGCAGCAACAGCAGCAGCAGCAACAGCAGCAGCAGGAAGCCUGCCCCGUUGAUGCUGCAGCACCCGAUAUCUUGUGUCUUUCUUGACUCGUCUCUUUUUGAGGUGGGGGUGUUGGGGAGGCAGCUGCUGCCUCUCUCGCGGCAUUGUCGUUCUCUGUGCGUGUCUCAGCCUGUUGUAUUUCCUUCAAGCGUGAAGGUUUGGAUCCAGGCAUUCGAAGUUCGGCUUCCACGCCUUCAGCCCCUUAGCUCUGCAGCAGCUGCAGCAGCUGCAACAGGAGUAAAAGAAGCAGCAGCAGCAGCAGCAGCCGAAGCAACAGAAGCAGCAGCAGCGGGGAAACCCACAGACUUCGAUUUGUCUCCUCUAGAGGCAGCGGCUCGCUGGACGGCGCAUGCAGAUUCCGUUGCGUUGCAGCUGUGUCCCAGUGAGGCAGAAGAAGAAGAAGAAGCAGCAGCAGCAGCAGCAGCAGCCGCAGCAGCGCGAAAAACACCAGCAGCGCCCACGCAGCACUUCUACGGGGAUGUCUGUACACCCCGCACCGAAGCGAAGGCGGUGCUGUCCUUUCGCUUUGACGGGCCCUUGGAGAACCUAGACCAGGACUUGCCGCUGCAGCAAUCCGCAGAAAUAUACCUCGAGGGCAACGGGAGGCCCGGGGCGGUGAACGCCUUUGCUGUUUGGCUCGACUUCUACGAGCAGCACAACGGAGACACAACCUCAGCAGCAGCAGCAACAGCAGCAGCAGCAGAAGGAGAAGAAAAGGAGAGAAACAAAGAAAAAUGCUUGCUAAGCAGCAAACGCAGCAGCACAUAUACACACGCACACGCUCAUUCAAAUGGAUCCUCCGCCUACAUGCACAAGGGCCUGCAGCAGCAACACCACCAGCAGCAGCAACAGCAACAGCAACAGCAGAAAGAGCAGCAGCACCGUCUCUUCUUCUCCACUGCGCCUCAGCGAGAAACACCCGACAGUGCCUCCUCUUCAACGCCAGCCGCAGCAGCAGCAGCAACAGCAACAGCAGCAGCAGCAGCAGAGGGGAGGCACAGAGGGAGGCGUCAGGUGAAGCAGAGCCUUUUCUGGGUGUCUCCAGUUUUGCUGCAACGUGGAGAAGGCCUUAGAGUUAAGGUGGAGCACACGCCUACGAAACUCUCCCUCAGCAUUAUCGAGACCGCCAACUCCUCAAACUCUCCCACAGCAGCAGCAGCAGCAGCAACAACAGCGGCAGAAACAGCAACGGUAGCACGCCGGCCGUCUGCUGCUGCAGAGCAGCGAAGGGCAGUGGCCACUCAUCAGCUGGACUUGGCCCGCGAUCCCGUGUUGGUUCGCUUGGUGCAGCUGGCGCUGCUGCAGCAGCUGCAGAACCACAUUAAGGCCUUCAACAGGACCGUGAAGAGGCGUCUGCGGCUGCUGCAGGCAACAGCAGCAGAUCCUUUGGGGGCCCCCAAGGGCCCCCAGCAGCAGCUGGCUGAGGCAGUAGCUCGGUCUCCUCCUAUUUCAGUGCUGUGCAGCGGCGGCUGCGUGCUGCUGCCGCUGCUGGCUCUGCAGGCAGCAGCAGCCGCUUUCUGCUGCGCUGCAGAGACGCGCGAGGUGCGGAGCUGUGGGGCCCCCCUGCCGCUGAAGCUGUUUGCUGCUGAGCCCCUACUAGGGGCCUUUGAGCUCACGAAGAAGCUGCUGCUAUUAAACGCCGAGCAAACGCUCGUGGCCCCACAGCCAAAGACUGAGGAGCGGGCAGACGCUUCCGGUGGCUGGAGGUCCUUUAAGGAGCUCUGCGCAACCAACCCAGAGGCGCAGCAGCAGCAGCAGAAGCAGCAGCAACAAAAGCAAGGAGAGGGAUGUGGACGCGUUGUUGAGUGCAGCAAGACUACUGAGGCUGCGCUGCUGCAGAGAGCGAAGCUGAAAGAAGCAGUGGAGGCUGUGCAGACGCCUCUCUUCUCUCUCUUGCCCCCAGAAGAUGCUGAAGAUACCACUGCGCUUCUCGCGUUUGCGGAGGUCCACCGGUUGGAGCCUGGGGGGAACAUUAAGGAGCAGCUGCAGCAGCAGUUACAGCAGCAGCAGCUGCAGCAGCAGCAACAAGGCACUGAGAUCGCUGGGGGCCUCUGCCGGCUGUCUGUCUCUCCCAGCCUCUUUGCUUCUUUGGCUCUAGACAAUGCGGGAUUAGGAGAAGGCAUUUCUGUCUUCACGAAAUAUGCAGCAAUGGCCCUGCUGAGGAAGAAGGACGCGGGUUUGCUGCUGUCUCGCGUACGAGUGAUGGGUGCAGUGCUGCAGCUGGGGGCGGAGGCAGCAGCAGCAGCUGGAGCAUGUGGAGAGGAACCAGAAGCAACAACAGGAGGAACUGCGGAAGGUGCAGCAGGAGCUGUGUGGCUUGCUGCUGCUGCUGCUGCAACAGCUGAAGAUGGAGACUACUUUGAGGUGUCUCUCGAUGAAGAAGACUUCGUGCUGCUGACAGACCCGCUUCUUGCUUCGGAAGAGGCUGCAGCUGCGGCAGUGGAUUCCGAAAAGAGAAGGCACUUGUUGCAGCAGCAACAGCAACAACAGCAGCAACAGCAACAGCAACAGCAGCAGCAACAGCAGCAGCACUAUGAAGGAGUUACUGCUGCUGCUGCUGCUGCUGCUGAGGAGGCAUGGGAGGUUCAUCACUACACGCAGGCGUGGAGACAGGCUAUAUUUUAUUUGAAGCCUUCAAGGGUCUCAAGAGGACAGACAGUGGACCUCCGCGUGCAUGCGAGUGACGCCACAUUGAAGGCGUUUGUAGGGCCUCGCAGCAACGAGGAGCGGCAGAAUGAGGAGGCCUCAGAUAUUGAGGAGUACGAGCUUCGCAUGCAGCAGCAGUGGAGAGCCCUUCGUGAGGCGCAGCAAAAGGCUUCUGAAGCCUGGAUGCAUUUGCUGUUUUUCUCUUCCCCAGACGCGGCAGCAGCAGGUGGUGCUGCUGUUGCUUCGCGGCCUCAGCCAGCGCAGAUUCUAGCAGCAGCAACGGCCAUCGCCCGCUGGCCCGCUGAACAACGCAGUUUCUUCCUAGACCCAGCUGAAGCUGCAGGAGUUCUUCGCGCCCUCUUCUACUAA